AUCCUUUCCAGCCAUCAUCAAGGCCUCUAUCCCCAGUCUCCAAACUGUCCCCUCAGCCAAUCAUCUCUCCCGCCUCAACCUCGACCACGCCCACUGCAGGAGUUGACUUCAGUAGCUCUGCAAGUUACAUGCCCAGGUUGGAUAACUCAGCUGCCCGGCAUCGCAUGUCAGUCAAACCAAGGAACCAACGAGCCAGUACAAGGGGAAAACGAGUGCCAACGGUAUCUCUUUCUCCCAGGCAUCGUUCAGAAAGCAUCAGUGAUUUGGAUAACGUUCUGUCUGAGGAGGAAGAUGAUGAAACCAUGACAUCCACUGAGAUUGAGCACCAUUGCUUGUACUCUCUGACUUUGGAGCUAACAGAGAAACCCACCUCUCCAGAACCUACAGAAACAACUCCUGCAGCAUCAGCACAGAACCAGGAGGAGAACCCUAACAGAACUGACAUCAAUCUCCCAUCUCUGGGAGUUGAAAUCCUGAAGUCAGAAGAGUCUCUUGAAACUGAAGGGAGAGUCACCACAAACCCUCUUUAUUUGCAGCCUAUGUCCUUUGGCUUGAUCUCAUCAGGUCCAUCGUCACCUUUAGGACUUCCAGAAUCUUCUACACCACAAAGAGAAAUAGAGUCAUUAAGAGCCCAUUCACCUAUCCAGACACAUGAUAUAAACGAUAUCCAGAUUCAAACAAGUGAGAAUCAUGUGUCUGUCACAGAUAGAAACGACACCAUCCAAGAGGAAUCAACAUUUAGACUACAUCCCGUACCUCUGCCUCGCUUAAAAAAGCCUAAAAUAGAUAUAAGGAGCCCUCCGUCUCCAAAAGGAGCCGCAGAGGCUUCAAUGAAACCUUGGGAAGCUGGAGUAGAAACUGCACCCGAACUGGUUAGCAGGACGCUUAACGCUGAAGAAUUACAAUUUUUAAUUGCAUCUGCAAAGCAUCACUCCAAACCAACCACUCAGACAAAGCAGAAUGAGGGACAUUUGAAACAUUCUCCAGGAAUCAAGACCCAACCCAUCAAACCCAAUCCAGAGUUGCAGAAAGAUGAAGAGAGAGAGACAAAACCAACAGAGCUCCAGAAUCUCCUCCAUCAAACGCAAAAGACGAAGAGCAGUUUUCACAGAGAAGUACCACCUCCUAUUAUGUCCAAACCAAUAACGGGAACCAAUCUUAGGAAGGCAGAUACCACUGCAGAACAUUUGGAAACAGGGAAACUAGAGGAACCUGAAGACAGGAAGAAUGCUUUUGGGGUGCAGCUCCGCACAACCUCUCUGUCACUAAAAUAUCGCUCGGAUGUUUCCAAAAUCAAGGAUGAAACCAAACGGUACACUUUAGAGUCUAAUACAGUGACAGAAGUCUCAGAAGAGCAUGCUGGAAAAGCAGAAACCAAUUCCAAGAGUAAAACCAGCGUUCCCAAAAAACUAGAUCUACAGAAUCUGGACUCUCUGCUUGCUGCCCAAGACAAUGGAAGACCAUCUAUUCAAAAUACAGCAGGAGCAAGUAAAGAGGCUGUGUCUGAGCCGGGCUGGAUGAGUCUAGCCAGGGAGAAGACCAGAGCCUACCAGCCAUUUUUGGGCAGAUUGGCCACAAAUCAGUCACCAGUCCACCCUACAUCUCCAACGGCUCCUCCUGCGCAGCCUCCCAAACCAGCCUUACAGCCUAAAACACAGCCACUGAGCACCUCGCUUCAUCCACCGAAAGCAGCCAGCCUACAGACCUCACAGAGACCUCCGACAAAACUAGCACCUAGUGGAACAAAAGACUGGCAGGACAAAGGCAGGAACAGUACAGCAGAAGAUGACACAACAAAGAAAGCAGCAAGACUCACAACACCUAACAAUACCACAGAAGUACUUACGGUCACAUCUGAGCCUCCAGCAACCUCAUCAUCACCAACAGACGCCUCUCAGCAGCAGCAGCAGCAGCUAUGGUCAGAUGGAGCUCAGCUGUCCUGGAUGGAGCUCGCCAAGAGAAAGUCUUUAGCUUGGAAUGACAAAACGUUCGAAUUAAGCUGAGACAUUCAGUGAUAAACGGAUAAAGUGCUGCAAUACCUAAUGUUACAACGAAUGAAUGUAAUAC